AUAUGAAAUAUUUAGCUCAUAUUCUUACCAGCAUUUAUGAGUACGUUUAGCCCGAAUAAUGGUUGGAAAAGUGUAAUUUCAAAACACACAAAAACGCGUUAGCUUUUGGCUUGUUCAGGUUAUGUUUGGCUUCGUACAACUUUCAUUUGAAAAAAUGUCGGUUCAAGAAGGCUACUGCUUUAAAAAUGUUCAUGCCAAGAGCCCUGAAAGUGAAGAGGCCAGCCCAGGGACCAGGCCAAGUUUUGAAUAAGAAAAGCAAACUUGGUCAAGAGGAGACUGACAUAAAUAGGUCAGAGACACCUGCUCAGAAAGAGGAAGCAUGUGAAGACACCAAAACACAGGAUGAAACAAUAGAAGCUGUAGGAGAAUCUCCACGUGUGGCAGAGAUCUCAGUACAUGUCGAUGGACAAAAGUCAUCCUCAGAUGAUUCAGAAGAAGACGAGGAGGAGGAGGAGGAACCAGUCAAAUCAUUCAAAAAGAGCCAGAGAUGGCCUGAGCCAGGAGAGCCUGUCUGUGUGAUGUGUGGUCGCUAUGGGGAAUACAUCUGUGACACCACUGACAAUGAUGUUUGCAGUCUUGAAUGCAAAGCCAACCAUUUAGUGCAAAUGGGGUUGGGGACUGGGGCAGAUGCAUUUGAACGUAAAGACAAAAACAGAGAUGAAAGGACUCCUCAACAGCCAGCAGGUGACUCUGGUGGAGGGGGUGAAACUGAAGCAGGAUAUUCCUACAGGGAGGAUCGGUUCAUAUCAGGCCUAACAGACGAUCAGGUGCAGCGAAUCAGACUGGAACUGGGUAUUGCAACGCAGGGGAGAGAUGUCAGGAGACCCAUUGUUGAAUUUGCGCACUGUGGUUUCCCUACCACAUUAGGAGCCAACUUGAAAAAGGCUGGAUAUGAGGCACCCACACCGGUCCAGAUGCAGAUGGUGCCUGUUGGUCUCACCGGCAGGGAUGUGAUUGCCAGCGCUGACACAGGAUCAGGGAAGACUAUAGCCUUUUUGCUGCCAGUGGUAGUGAGGGCACUGGAGAAACCAGCUCACGGUGUGUGCAGCCCAGUGGCUGUGAUCCUGACCCCCACCAGAGAGUUGGCCAUUCAGAUAGAGAGACAGGCCAAGGAGCUGGUGAUGGGUAUCCCCAACAUGAGAACUGCACUGCUGGUAGGGGGCAUGCCGCUUCCCCCACAGCUCCACCGCCUCAAGAGCAGCAUCAAAAUUGUCAUCGCUACCCCUGGGCGGCUCAUUGAGAUCUUAAAGCAGAAGGCACUGCAGCUUGAUAAAGUGAAAGUUGUGGUGGUUGAUGAGGUCGACACUAUGUUGAAGAUGGGCUUCCAGCAGCAGGUGCUGGAGGUUCUUGAGCAAGUCCCAGAAGAACACCAGACUCUACUGGCAUCAGCCACCAUCCCAAAAGGGACAGAGGAGCUAGCUGCUCGGCUAGUGCGUGAUCCCGUUCGUAUUGUUAUUGGUGAGAAGAACCAGCCCUGUGCCAACGUCAGACAGAUCCUGCUUUGGGUGGAGGAACCCUCCAAGAAGAAGAAGCUGUUUGAGAUUCUCAAUGACAGUAAGCUGUACCAGCCUCCAGUGGUUGUGUUUGUGGACUGUAAACUGGGUGCUGAUCUGCUGUGCGAGGCGGUCGCCAAGGUGACAGGCCUCAAAGCUGUGGCAAUCCACUCUGACAAGAGCCAGUGGGAACGCAACCGCAUCCUCAGGGGUCUUCUGGAUGGAGACUUUGAAGUGGUGAUCAGUACCGGUGUGCUCGGAAGAGGACUGGAUCUUGUCAAUGUCAGAUUGGUGGUUAACUUUGACAUGCCCAACACAAUGGAUGAGUACGUCCACCAGGUGGGCAGAGCCGGUCGGCUGGGACACAGAGGAACGGCCAUCACCUUCCUCAACAACAACAACAAACGACUCUUCCUGGAGGUGGUGAACCGGGUCAAACCCACAGGGUCUAUCCUGCCUCCACAACUAUUAAACUCACCCCACCUUCAUGAACAGCAGAGGAGGGAAAGACAGAAAACCAAGACGGGACAUGAUGACAAACUAGUUACCCAGAACAACCUGCUAGACAUCAUAAGAAAACAUGACCGACGCAAGAAGUAGCAAGUUCUUACUUUCAUACCUGCAAUAGUUCUAUUUAUUCAGGGGUUUUUGAAUGUUUAGUUUGUAUAUUUAAUUGAAAAUAAAAAUAGAUGUGAAUUUGCUGUAUUCUGCCUAAAUGUCUUGAGUAAUGUGCGGAUUCAAAAAAGAAUUAUCCUUUCUAAUUCACCCACUUGAACCCAAAUCAUGGUUCCAUUAAGCAAGUAAGACACUGAAUACAGCCAACUCCUUUUUUCUGACACAUAAUUUCACACAUUGUAAAAAAUUAUUAUUUUAGCAAGACUGAAGACUCUGUCUUAAUUCUUUAAAAAAACAUCUUAUUCUAGCUCAAAUCAUCAGGGGUUUUCUACUCAAACAUCUGUCAAUUGCUUUCUGAAAAUAAUUUUUAAAAAGCCUAUUUCUACUUGGACGAUGCUAUCUCAUUAUAGUUUACUUUUUUGUGAUACAACUUGUCAUACCUGCUUAAUCAGUAAUGAAAGCUCAAUGAAAAUGUGUUUUUUUUUCAAUUUUGUGAGCAAGUCUUCAUAUUAAAAGCACUUCAUUUUA